GUUGCUUACCUUUAUGGUCAUGUGACUCCACCAGGGUAAAGGUGGACUUCUUUGUGUUUCACAUUUGACUGCCGUCCUCUGUGCCAGUCAGUCGACUUUCUCCUGCCUGUGAGCAAAGUGCAACUUUAUUUAUAUAUUAUCACUUUUAUUUCGUUAGCUCAGUAUGUCCCUCAGUCGGAAGAACUGGUCGGCUUUGUCCAGCCUGGCACGCCAGUGGACGAUGGAGGACGAGGAGGAGGUGGAGAGGGAGAGGAGGAGGAGGGUGAAAGGCUCCAGCAGUGCCGCUGACCCCGAAGCACCUCAAGACGCACCCACCAGCGACAGCCCCUUUGGGACAGAGUCCACACGUGAGACGUCCCAGGGCCUCAGCAGUGCGGAGCAAAUCCAGCUGGACUUUGUGGAGAUGCUGCGGGUUCGUGAUGAAAAGCGAAGGUUGAGACAUGUGGAGACACUGAGGCGACAGAAAGAGGAAGAGGACGGUGAAGCAGAGGCAAACAGAGGAGGAGGAGGAGAGGCCAGGGUGGAGCUGCUGGGGGACGUGAAUGAGGAGCCGGGCAACGUGUUUCUCCCUGUGAGAGCCACAUCCAAACCACAACCACUCCCAAAAACAGCCUCUUACAGUCCCAGCAGCAGCAACACCAGCACUGACAUCACCAACAGACACCAAGAAAAUGGCGAGUCGCCGAGGGAAGACCCUGAUCCCACGCUGGCGUCCAACGCGGCUCACAAGUUUGUCAGUUCUGUGUCCAUCUCACUCGACAAGAGUCCCUCCAUCAGUGGACACACAACUCCCAUGAGCCCUUGCUCCCCAACUGCCCCCCGGUCACCUCAAGAACACUGGCCCUCGCCCUGUCAGAGCCCCUCGCCCUGUCAGAGCAACUCACCCAGCGGAGCUCAGAGCCCCUCACCCAGCGGAGCUCAGAGCCCCGUUCAGAACGGACACACACAGGAGACAAACAAGAAUGGCUCUUUCUCCAACGACAACUUUGAUCAGACGACUAAACCUGCCUUUGUCAGACAGAGUUCCAGGACUAUAUCUUUCAGGAUGAUGAGGAAGAAGGAAGAAGAGAGUUCACCUCUGCAGAGGAGUGCGAGUGUGAGGGUGGCCACCAAGAAGUUUGAAUCAAACACAGACCAAAAAGAAGAUGAAGAUAAAUCGUCUUUCAUGAGAAACUGUAGACAGAGGAUUUCAUCCAGAUCCAUCCAGGAGAAGAUGGAGCGACUGGCCCAGGCUGCACAGAAAUCGGACAUAACGCGAUCUCCAGAUGUGACGCAGAGGACCCUUUUCCUGCUGGAAGAGGUGUCCAGGAAGAGAGGUAUCUUUGAGAAGGAGCAGCAGGAAGUGGCCCCCACCAGCCCUGGGGUCUCCAGACCGGAGUUUCAGAGCAUCACGUCAGGAAUGUCACACCGUAUCAACCGCUGGCUCAACAAGACCAAUCAAACUGUGCCUUCACACAGUCCCACUGACUUGAGACACGUGGACAUCACCAGUAAGAGGAGUCUGUUUGAGAAUAGAGGGGAGGACAGGGACUUAAAAGUCCACUCAAAAAAGUGAAGGAUGCUCAAUUAUAUUGUCCAACAGGACUGAGAAGAUGGGGAGAAGAGGUGAAAAGAGGUGGAAGAUAACUGAAUGAAUUCUUCAAGCUUUAUAUGUUGUUUUUUUCUUCACUAAAGUGCAUGUGAGGAAGACAGGAGAAUUUGAAAAGUGAAGUGAGUUGCAGCUUUACAGGACUGACAAAAGAAGGAAUCUGCUUUUAAAGUUAGGCUUCAUGCUUUUUUAACGUUAACUUUUAAAGUAACACAAUUGUCUUUUUUUGAACAUUGAAUAAAAUAGUAAGAUAUUUAACUGAGUCAGGAAAAAGAGUAAAAGAGGAUGAGAAAAAGAAAAAGGGGCAGUGGUGUAUUUGUUUUAUUUGCUGUAACUUUCUGUAAUUUUUCAAGCACUUUAAACAGGUGAAGGUCUUAAAGCCAAUGAAACCAAUGUUUAUUGAAUUACACUUUUAGGAAUUUUUGUCUGAUCUGCCAAAACAUAAUGUUCAUUGUGUUCUUGUGUCCUUCAGGGCAGGAUGGUGUCUAAGUAAUAAAAUGUUUUACUACA